UAUGAGUGUAAUCUGCAAGCCAUGGUUACCACGGUAACAGUGCUCGUCUCCGUCCGAGGAAGUUUGUCAUGCCUGAAAAAGAACCAUGAAUGUAUUAUUAAAUAAUAUACAUCCAUGAGAUGAGCAUAGGUUUUGUAGAACAGCAAAUCUAAGAUGUAGCAAUACAGAAGCAAACGAGUUGCAUACUGAAACGGAGUUCAUUUUUAGCUUCAGUAAACGUUAGCUAAAUGGAGCCGGAGCGCAUGGAGGGCAAAACGAUGUGUCCUCACAACGUUAAUCAGAACACCAGUGUCAACGAUAGAGGAAUGCUUCUCACGGUCAACAGCUGCAAGCUGCACCUUACAACUGUAAAAUUAGGGCUACCGGAGAGAGCCCAGAGGAUGACUGACUCUCAAGAGCCUGUUUCUAACAUGACUACCACCCAGACAAUGAAUCGUUCUUACCCAGAAAACAUGUUGAAAGCAUGCAGCCAUAGAAGACGUGUCCAGACACCUGUGGUGCCAUCAUUUACCAGUCACUCUACAGAUUGUCCUGCAUAUGAUCUAGCAGGCGGUGCUGCUCCCAGUGGUUUGGCAGCAGUUUCACAUGCAGCACAAGAAGCUAGAGACAAACCUAAGGCUAGGAAACCAACCCCCAGUGCAGGGGCCACUUACUACUGUAAUGCCUUAAACCUUCCUAUGCCAACAGGUGGUUCUGGAGGAUUUAAUUACAGUGCUGUCUCUGGUUCUCCCUUCACCCGGUUGCCUUGUGACAGUUUUACAUCCAGCCUUUUACAAGUCGACUUGGACAGGCGCUGUCUGGAGGAAUGUCCUCAGCUGGGUGUUAGGGAUGAAUUACAACUUCUCAGCCUCCAGCACAAUCUCAUCACAAGGAUCCAGCAUUUGUCACAUCUGCAACAUCUUGUCUUCCUGAACUUGUAUAACAAUCACGUCUCUGAAAUGACUGGCAUUGAAGCUCUAAGCUCUCUCAGGAUCCUAAUGCUAGGGAAGAACAGAAUCCAUAAGAUAUGCAGCCUGGGAUGCCUGUCCAAACUGAAUAUCUUGGAUUUGCAUGACAAUCAGAUCAGGAGGAUAGAAAACAUCUCUCACCUGAGUGAACUGCAAGUGUUGAACCUAGCAGGAAACAGCAUCUCCAGAGUAGAAAACCUGCAGGGCCUGGACUCUCUGACUGAGCUCAGCCUAAGGCACAACUGCAUCUCUGUUGUGACGGAGGUGGACCGCCUGCCCUGCUUGCAGCAUCUUUUUCUCAGCUGCAACAACAUAACCAGUGUUGAUCACCUAGCCUGUCUUGGAGAGUCGCGCUCCCUUUCUGAACUCACCCUGGAUGGGAAUCCUGUAGCCCUGGAGACAUGGUACAAGCAGGCCAUCCUGCGCUGUGUGCUUCAUCUAAAACAGCUGGACAUGAAGCGCAUCACAGACGAGGAUCGGCGCACAGCUCGAAAAGAGGAGGAGAGGAAGAAGGAGAGUCACAAGCAGACCAUUCAUAAGGAGAAGCGACGUCUGGCAAUCCGUAAUGCAGCACAACAGUGGGAGGGUGUGAGGGCCUGCCUGGAGCUGCCACCAACAAAUGGUGCUAAAGAAGAAGUUAGUCCAGAGAACAGCCCUGCCCACAGCCCUGCCCAGACCAAUGGCCUGGCGCAGGAACCUUCUCCAGAUGAGCCAAGCAGACGUGUAAGCCCAGGUUCAGCACCAGAGCAACCAUCAGGAGGAAUAGAGACCAGACUUCGCACUAACAGCCGGCCAAACAGCCCACGAGAUCCCAAGCUUGUGGAGACAGGGAGUAGCAGUAUUCAGAGCUUGUCCUGGUCUGACAGUCACCUGGCAGAGCUGGAUGGAGACACCCUACGUUUAUUUGGACUGGGAGCCCUGGAGGCACUGGAGAGGGGCUGGAGAGUUCAGACCGCUGGUGCUGUCAAUGUAAUAACCUUCCGCUACAUCAACUUUGAUGCCAUUGUUCCAACACUCCCGCGAAUACGGGUCAAGUUCCCCAAUCUAUCGCACCUGAUAUUCUUGGAAACCAACAUCAGUCGUCUGCCACAGCUAGCAGCCCUAGCUCAGUUGAGGCGUCUGGACCAGCUGACAAUUCAUCCAGAGGGCAACCCAGUGGUCAGUCUGACUCUGUGGAGAUCCUUCCUCAUCUACCGCCUCCACCACUUCAACCUGCAGAGGAUUAAUGGCCAGGAGUCCAUGUUUGUGCAUCCACUUCAGGUGACCAUGAAUGAUGUGAUUGCUGCAGAGCGUGUGUUUGGGACAUUGGGUCAUAUUGCAGCUACUGAAACUCCACGUUGCCGGCUCCUCCUGCUGCUAGAGGAGUCUAGGAAGCGUCAGCUGCAAUUCCUGUUGGAGGGGCGUGGCCGGCGGGCAAGGCUGAGUCCAGAGGAGCUGCGAGACAACGGGAAGCUCCUGGGAGAAGGCCUGAGCAGAGCGCUGUUCAACUACCCAAGCAGAGACAGCAGUGCAGAAAGUCCUGAGGAGGGCACUGUGGAGUCAUCGGAGCGUGCUGCCAUGGUAGAGCAGUACAUCCAGGAGGUGGUUCAAAGAGCAUCAGACACCAAUCUGAAGGGUGAGGUUCUUCACAAGCUCUGGCCCUCUAUAUUUGCAGAGAUGGUGAGAGACUGUGUGUUGGAGAUGAGGGACCGAGCAGCCUUUCGCCAAGCCAGCCUUGCAAAGCUGUCCAGUACCAAGUGAAGAGGGCCAAAGGCUCUUAGUACCCACGCACACGGACAUAGUUUUCCAAGGAGCUUCCAGUCCACCUCUGAUUUCAUCUCCCAUCACUUAAAGACUUCAUCAGUUAUUAAUGCAUUUGGAAACAGAAAGGCAUAUUUCCCCAGUGUGUGGGAAACUCUUUCUUAAAUUGUAGACUGUUUAAAGAUGUCUAGAGGCUUUGUCGUGACAAAGGCAUUUUGAUUGAAUGUAGAUUUUCAUUGAAAAUACAGUAUGAUUUCAGUGCACAGAGCUGUAAUAUACUUGAAGAAAGUUAAAGGGAUUUAUUAAUUCAUGGUUCACUGUGGACCCUACACAGAAUCCUCUGCACUUUAAAAGCCUUCUGAAUGACUCCUCCUCACCAUUACUGGCAUCAGCUGAAAACAACUAGUGUCUCUUUUCUCAAGACUAGAAAGUUUUCUCUGUCUUAAAAGUAUUGCUUUCUCACUUUCUCCUGCCUGACAUAAAAACAUGUACAAACAAGGACAAGGACUUUUCUUUAUUAACACUGAUUUUAUGUAUUGUUCACAGUAUUAAAAGAUUCUGUAUUAACACACACAGUUUGUAUACAAGGUUUG